CAAUUCAUUUAAUAAUAUAAAUAUGAACUUAAGUGGUACAUCGGAUAUGGACACGGAGUCUGUAGAUGUUUUGCGUGAGCGUCUUAGCACCAUGAAACGUCUAAUGGCGGAACGCACAGCACAGCAAAAAAACAAUCCUGUAUCUACCGAGGAAAUAUUUACAGCAAAACGUCGUAAGACAGCUAACAUUAUUGAUGGAAAUUUUCUUAGCAUCGCCUUUGGGGGUGCUCUAUUAGUGAUUGUGACCGUAUCGGUUUACGCAUUCUAUAAUCUAUAUAAUGCCAUACUUAAGAAGUUCCCAUCACGCCAUGAGGAGUUGUAAUUUGUAAGCAGCGGUGCCAAAGCUUGAAUCUUAAAAGUGUAUUAACAAAUAUAGACUCAAUUUGAAUUGAACAAGUUAAACUCCAUCGUUUUUCUCUGCUGUUAUGCAUUUGAUUAAAUUAACUAUUUAUUGAAUUCAUUUCAUAAUUUAUUAUACAAUUACGGACACUAAUCAACUUUGUAUUCUUUAUGUAUGUUAUGUAUGUAUAUCUUUCACUUGUAAUUCAAGAGCAAUGAACUGAUGCAUAGACAGCAAAAAAACAAUAAAAGGUAUAAUAAAAUAAGCUUCAAAUAAAAGUUGAAUUAAAAAUAUAAAAUAAACAAAGCAUUAGCGAACACAGAGGCUGGCUCAUUGUAGUGAAGAAAAAGAAGAGAUGGUGAAUAGAAUACAACAAUAGAGAAUUCGAUUAGUUUGGUUUUUGCUUACACACUAUCUAUUAUUCGUACAAUUCCAAACA